AAUAUAUUAUUUCUAAAACAUGUAUUUUAUAUAAAUUUUUAAUAAGUACAUUUUUUAAAUAAGUAGCGCCAAAAAUCUUUAAACAAUUGCAAUUAUUGCCGACUACAUAUCGGAACUUAUAACGAAAAGUAAUAAUAAAUUUUUUUUACAAUGCUGUGUACACGACCAAUACAAAUCGAUGCAAAUUAAUGGUAAUAUAUAAGAUUAGCGUCUACCUACUUAUCUUUUGUAUAAAUUUGCUGUCUAGUCAACAGUGAGUGAAACUCACACAGGUACUACAAAUGUUUAACACACGUAAAGGCCUCUUUUAUGAACAGCACUGAUCUGUACACAAAAACGCGUGGUAUGUAAAAAUUAAACAAAAUCGAAGAGAAUAUGAUUUCGAUAAAGCAUGAAUUGACCAGUGGACUGUAGUUACAUUCUACGCUUAGAACGUAAUCGUACAUGGUUCAGGAAUAGGAUACCAGAUUUGAAAUAGUUUACUCUCAGUAUGGAACAACAUUCAGAAUUUAUAGAUUUAUUGUUUGAAAGACGAAAAGAUUGUGAUUUACUAUGGGUUUCUCGACCAAUGGAUCCAUUGUUACCCCAUAAGCUGUCACCAGAAUCUAAGUAUUCCAGGAAUCAACUAAUUCAAGCAGUUUUAAACGAUGAGAAAGUUAAACUGGCAAUCACCACUUUGGCUGCAGUAGACAAAGUAGAUGUGAAAAAAAUUAUAAAAGAAGCUCAUGUAAUAAUACAUGAAAUGGCUAGUAAAGCACACUUAGCCACUGUUCGUUGGAUUGAUAAAUUUUAUAUACCAGGUAUAAUUAUUACAAAAGUACUUAAAAGAAUUUUCUCAAGCAUUUAUUUAAAUGAGAAUGUUAUACAUAAAAUCAAGAAAGAGAUGCAAAUAUCUCAAGUACAAUAUGUUUAUGUACCAUCUCACAGAAGUUACCUAGAUUUUAUAUUACUGUCAUAUAUUUUAUUCUCUUAUGACAUGGCACUGCCAAAUAUUGCAAGUGGAAUGGACUUCUAUCAAAUGUAUAUAAUAGGAGAAUUAUUAAGAAAAACAGGUGCUUUUUAUAUGCGUCGUAGCUUUUCUAAUGAUUUAUUAUAUAAAAGAAUAUUUGGUGCAUAUGUUAUGUCAUUAGUAAAGCACAGCGAUAGAGCAAUUGAAUGUUUUAUUGAAGGUACUCGAAGUAGAAGUUUGAAGAGUAUAGUACCAAAAUUUGGUCUUUUAUCAAUCAUUUUGGAAGUUUUAUUAGAAGGUAGUGUUCCUGAUAUACAUUUGAUACCUAUAAGUAUUAAUUAUGAACGGCCACCAGAAGAACUAUUAUUUGCAUAUGAACUUUUGGGGGUUCCAAAACCAAAAGAAUCUACAGCUGGUCUUCUUCAGUCUUUAUCUAUUUUACAAAAACCUUAUGCUUAUGGUUGUGUUGUUUUUAACAUUGGUGAACCUAUUUCUGCAUGUCAGUUUAUAAGUAUGGAACAUUAUAAAGCAAAAGUAUUAUCACCUUACACAAAGUUACCAACGGCUGUUACUGAGAAAUUGGCUUAUUGUAUAAUAGAUUCGCAUAAAAAAAAUACAGUACUUAUGCCUUUUAAUUUAAUUGCCUUAUUGUUUAAUGAGAAAACUCAAAUACAUCCAGAUGAUCCAUACACAUUAGACAGUUUGGUCACUGAUUACUUAUGGUGUAAGAGUCUCUUGCACACAUUUGAUAUAACAGUACACACUGGGAGGUCAGGUGAAAUACACAAUACAAAGCAAGAAAUAUUAGAUUCUUUAAAGCCACAUGAAGAAUUACUUGUAUUUGACACAUUAGAACUUUUAAGGCUUAAAGAGAGGCACAAGUCAGCGAAAUUAAAAAGCAAUACACGUGUCAAAGGGCAUACACUAUCAGAAUCAACAAUGAGAGUAGCAAUACCAGUUAUUAACAUAUCCAUUUAUUUAAAUCCUACAUUGUCGUUUCUAAUUAAACCAGCCAUUGUCACAGUAGCAGUAGGAAUGGAUAAGAUCGAGCUUGGAAUUGCUUUUGAAAGAUAUGUAUUACUGAGGACAUUAUUAAGUACAGAAUUUGCAAUGCCUUUAAUAACAGAUGAGUCUAUAUUAAAAUCAGAAUGGGAAGAAACAUUAAAUUUAUUGUUAAAACAAGAUUGUAUAAGCAUUCAAAAUGAUACACACGUACAGAAAAAUAAUAUUAAAGUAUUUUCUCUUUUGUACAAUGUAAUACUUCCAUUUAUAGAUACAAUAUAUAUUACGUCUCUUAUUUUAUUUGAGUGGGAUGAAUUGAAAUUAAGUCAAAUAACUGUACAAGCAAUUUUGAUUGAAACACAAAGACAAAUAGAAGAAGCAUUUCUUGAAAAAAAAGAAUGGGGUCAACAUCCAUAUUCUUUAUCAAUUGAUUUAAUUAAUACAACAAUAUGUACUCUCCAGUCACAAGGUAUUCUGGUACCAUAUGGGGGAAAAAGUGUGUACCAGGUUGAUAAAAUUAAAUUAGCAUUAAUUCUUACACAAUUACAAAAUCUAUCGUUACAUAAGCCAUCUGGUACAUACCGUGAUAUAGUAUUGUUAUCUGCAUUACCACCACCUGUGGCAGCUAAACUAUAAGUAUAAACUGUGUGAAAUAAAAUUUUUAGAUCAUAUACCAAAGUGUAUUAAGAUAAGUUAAACAAAGAAUCUCUUUAUACGUGAUAAUUUUAAUAUAAUUGGUUUCGCGUUAUUGUUCUAGUUCAGG